CCGCAACAGACGAGUUCGCCCACACUGCCUUGCAGCCGACACAUUUUUUGUGCUUGGAGCGACAGCUGAUUCCUGUCUGCCUCUGGACAAUCACACGGGCGUCCACCACUUCCUCCCUCCCUGCAGCUAGCCGAUGGCGAGCGGCAGUGUGACAGUCAAGACACUCAACGGAGCGCACCAGGCGUCGGCAUCAUCACUUUGCGUCAUCGAGGGCUCGGCGCUCGACGGCCUCGUCAAGUCCUCGGCGGUGGUGGAGCUGCGUGUGCGUGGCCGCUACUGGCGGAUGAUCCAGAAGCAGCUGCAGAAAGCCGAGGAGGAGAAGAGCCGCGGGAAGGCUCCGUCCUUCCUGAUUGUCAGGUGGGUGAGAUGUCCGGGUGGGAAAGAGCCGGGGCAGAGCGAAUCCAUUGGUUGGUUGGUUGGCUGCUUGGCUGGUUGGCGUGUCCUGCUGUCCGUGACACUCAAGACCUAACCUCGACCGGCUGAUGAAGGACGAAGCCAUCUCGCCGGUUGAGAAGCCGUGCGUCAUGCAGUGCAUCACUGACCUGCAGGUCGGCACCCUCUUCGGCAUCGCCCCCCUGCACCCCUCCCCGCCCAGAGUGCACGUCGUCUUCAAGCGCCACUCUCUCCCUGGCGGCGAGACGACAUUCGAGCAGUCCUUCCCCCUCAGCAAGUGGCAGCUCGAGAGUGCAUUCAUGCAGAUGCGGCGUAUCGAGGACCUGGUGAGGCUGCUCAAGAGACUGGAGCGGUGCCUGCGGCAGCUGGACCUGAACCGCUAUGUGGCCCUGCCGGCAGACAGCGGGGCGGAUCAGCGGGAGCGGCAGUUCCUCAGGGAGAGCCUCCACUCCGCGCUCUCUCUCACGCCAUUCCCCAAGGCACUGGCGGUGGAGAAGCGACUGAUGCAGGGCAUCAGGUCGUGGCGGCGACUCAGCCUCUCCCCACCUGCUGUCACAUUCGAGCUGGAGCCACAAGUGGCCCCAUCUGCUGGUGGUGGUGCUGAUGCGGGUGGUCCACCUGGUGGUGUAUUGGUGUCGCCCUGCUGGUGCCCUAAGGGCGUGCGGGCCACCGUGAGCUUCACAGUGGAGGUGAUGGACUGCGUGGCGGUGAAGGAGGCGACGCACAAGUGGAUGGAUGGGCUGCUGUGCAAUGCCAUGCGGCGGAGCAUGAUCCUCUCGUGCUUCUUUUUCGUCGUCCUCUGGAGUCGCAUCCUCGAACUAUGAGUGAUGGAUGGUUCGACAUACACAGAGAGGGACGGACGGAGGGCUGGGGCUGAAAACCCCCUCUCUCCUGAUCUCUCUGUCUGUCUGUCUGCCUGUCUGUCUGUCUGUCUGUCGCUCUCUCCGGUCGUGUGAUGCGUGUCGUGUAAGAUAGACCGGUUGGGCUGGUGUGUGUGUACUAGGAGAGUGUUAUGCGUCUGCUCCAUGCCUAGCCCGUCGCUCCAGCUGCCUGCCGGCCGUGGUGUCUUUCUGAAAUGGUGCAGAGAGGGAUGGUGCCGAGAGAUUUUUGCCUGCUUGCAACAUUGCGUGAGAGAGAGAGCCUGCCAGGAAGAAAAGGGGUCUUUCUUCCGACCCGUCUGCCUGUCAGUGAGUGCGUAUGAGGGAUGCGCCGCCUGGUUUUUCCGCCGAUUUGUCUGGUCGGUCGCAGUAAGCAAGCAGUGUGCCGCAGAGUGCGGCCCGUGGCGUGAGUGUGGUGAGCCGUGUUGGCGUGUCUGUCUGUCUCCCAAGACCUACAUGUGUUUGUGUGUGGAUGAGAAGACCCG